AUGGAUAGUUUAAUAACAAUUGUUAACAAGCUGCAAGAUGCGUUCACAUCGCUCGGCGUCCACAUGCAACUGGAUCUGCCGCAGAUCGCGGUGGUCGGUGGCCAAUCAGCUGGCAAGAGUUCCGUCUUGGAGAACUUCGUGGGCAAAGAUUUCUUGCCGCGUGGCUCUGGCAUCGUGACUCGCAGACCACUAAUCUUGCAACUUAUCAAUGGAGUUACCGAAUAUGGAGAGUUCCUUCACAUUAAAGGCAAGAAGUUUUCCAGCUUCGAUGAGAUCAGAAAAGAAAUCGAAGAUGAAACGGAUCGUGUGACCGGUAGUAACAAAGGCAUUUCAAACAUUCCAAUUAAUUUGCGCGUCUACUCGCCGCACGUACUCAAUUUAACGCUGAUCGAUUUGCCCGGCCUGACAAAGGUGGCCAUUGGCGAUCAGCCGGUGGAUAUUGAGCAGCAAAUUAAGCAGAUGAUAUUCCAAUUUAUUCGCAAAGAGACUUGUUUAAUUCUGGCUGUGACCCCGGCCAAUACCGAUCUGGCCAAUUCGGAUGCCCUCAAGCUGGCCAAGGAGGUGGAUCCACAGGGUGUGCGAACCAUUGGCGUUAUAACCAAGCUGGAUCUGAUGGACGAGGGCACCGAUGCGCGCGACAUUCUGGAGAACAAGCUGCUACCGCUGCGACGUGGCUACAUUGGCGUGGUGAAUAGAUCCCAGAAGGAUAUCGAGGGUCGCAAGGAUAUCCACCAGGCGUUGGCCGCCGAACGCAAGUUCUUCUUGAGCCAUCCCUCCUAUCGGCACAUGGCCGACCGUCUCGGCACCCCCUACUUGCAGCGCGUGCUCAACCAACAACUAACCAACCACAUCAGGGACACGUUACCUGGCCUGCGGGAUAAGUUGCAGAAGCAGAUGCUCACUUUGGAGAAGGAGGUGGAGGAGUUUAAGCACUUUCAGCCAGGCGAUGCCAGCAUCAAAACAAAAGCUAUGCUCCAAAUGAUUCAGCAGCUGCAAUCAGACUUUGAGCGAACUAUUGAGGGCAGCGGCUCAGCUUUGGUGAACACAAACGAGCUCUCAGGUGGCGCCAAGAUCAAUCGCAUUUUCCAUGAACGUCUGCGCUUUGAGAUCGUUAAGAUGGCUUGUGAUGAAAAGGAACUGCGACGAGAGAUCUCAUUUGCAAUUCGAAAUAUCCAUGGUAUUCGCGUUGGCCUCUUCACACCCGACAUGGCGUUCGAGGCGAUUGUCAAGCGGCAGAUAGCGCUGCUCAAGGAGCCGGUUAUCAAGUGUGUCGAUCUAGUCGUACAGGAACUUUCUGUGGUCGUGCGCAUGUGCACAGCUAAAAUGAGUCGAUACCCACGUCUGCGUGAGGAGACCGAACGUAUUAUCACAACACAUGUGCGCCAACGCGAGCACAGCUGCAAGGAACAGAUCCUGCUGCUCAUUGACUUUGAGCUGGCCUACAUGAACACCAACCAUGAGGACUUCAUUGGCUUCGCCAACGCUCAAAACAAAUCAGAGAAUGCCAACAAAACUGGCACUCGUCAGCUGGGCAACCAAGUCAUUCGCAAGGGUCACAUGGUCAUCCAGAACCUGGGCAUCAUGAAAGGUGGAUCGCGUCCGUAUUGGUUUGUGCUGACAUCCGAGAGUAUCUCCUGGUAUAAGGACGAGGAUGAGAAGGAGAAGAAGUUUAUGCUGCCGUUGGAUGGUUUAAAAUUGCGUGAUAUUGAACAGGGAUUUAUGUCAAUGUCUAGACGUGUUACAUUUGCUUUAUUUAGUCCCGAUGGACGUAAUGUUUAUAAGGACUACAAACAACUGGAGCUCUCGUGCGAGACUGUGGAGGAUGUGGAGUCCUGGAAAGCUUCCUUCCUGCGAGCUGGUGUCUAUCCCGAAAAGCAGGAGACUCAGGAAAACGGCGAUGAGGAAGGACAAGAGCAAAAAUCGGCCAGCGAGGAGAGUUCCAGCGAUCCACAGCUGGAGCGGCAGGUCGAGACCAUCCGUAACCUGGUCGACUCCUACAUGAAGAUCGUUACGAAGACCACCCGUGACAUGGUGCCCAAAGCAAUUAUGAUGCUCAUCAUCAACAAUGCCAAGGACUUUAUCAAUGGCGAGCUGCUGGCACAUCUGUACGCGUCCGGCGAUCAGUCCCAGAUGAUGGAGGAAUCGGCUGAAUCGGCCACACGGCGAGAGGAAAUGCUGCGCAUGUACCGUGCUUGCAAGGAUGCAUUACAGAUCAUAGGCGAUGUAUCAAUGGCCACCGUGUCCUCGCCAUUGCCACCGCCGGUUAAGAACGAUUGGCUGCCCAGCGGCUUGGACAACCCACGUCUAUCUCCUCCAAGUCCGGGUGGCGUUCGAGGAAAGCCAGGACCUCCCGCACAGAGCUCCUUGGGUGGACGGAACCCACCAUUGCCACCAUCUACAGGUCGCCCAGCGCCAGCGAUUCCGAAUCGCCCAGGAGGUGGCGCACCACCACUACCCGGCGGUCGUCCCGGAGGAUCUCUUCCCCCACCAAUGCUACCAUCGCGUCGUUAAAUUGUUGUCAGCGUCGAGAGACAUCUACAUAUGUAUCUAGGGGAUGAAUCUGCAAAACGUAGCUUGCUGACGAUUUAACCAACCACAAACAAUACUUUCAACAAUUGUAAUUUGAUAUUAUUCCGGCAAAAUCCAGAAAUUUACAAAAAAAAAAAAACAAACAACCAUGAAAAUGAUCCCAAAAUCCUAGAAAUCCAGAAAUCAACAACGAUGGGAAAUCGAUACAUUUGAUUCGCUUGCGUAUUAUUGUAGUCAUAUAUAUAUAUAUAUAUAAUCUGAAGCGUUGAAACUGAUAUAAAUUCUUAAUAUGUGAAAAGCAACUAGUCGAGAUGCACAUGAUUUCUUUAAUUCCAUAAGAUGUUUUUCGUAAUGUCUACUUCCCCGUGUAGAUAUAUAUACAAUAUAUACAUAUGUGUACAAAUGUAUGUGCAUUUGUUCGUGCAUGCCUAAUUAAUUAUUAUUAUUAUUAUUUGAUUAAUUGAGUAAUUGAUGUCCCCCCCAUUAUCAACGGCAUAAGCUCAAAAGUUAUGUAAACUAUUUGUAUGGGCAGAUGCUUAGUGACGAUAUUAACCAAUGAUCUUAAUUAUAUAGCUAACUAUUAAUAAAUAGCUUUCGUUAACUGCAUUGUGUUGUUGUUGAUGUUAAACUAUAAAACCCAAUUAAAUUAGAAAAUGUUAGGUAACGCAGCGUUGAGAACAUUUCAAGUCAGUCACAAAGUAUUUCCCUGAACUUAAAAAGCAAGCUAACAUUAAUUAACAACUAAAAGCGAACUAACUAAACACUAAAUUACCCCAUCCAUUUAACGGAAAUGCACACGGCAUUUACAUAUUGGGAUUCAAACUAAUUAAGUAGGACUUGCUUUCGCUUAUCGCUAUAUAUCGUAUUAUGAUUUGUUCGCCAUGAAUUAAAUACAAUUAAUUUCUGUAAGAAACAUGUUAUUUGUAUGUAUGUACAUAUUCCCCAUCCGGAUGCUCGGAUUUGUGGAAUCAUCAGCUGUCCCGUUUCCAAGAAACGAUUAAGUUACAGGAUUAAGUUAACGCUUAUUUGUAUUGUCCAUUCCUCUUCGUAUUUGUAGGUACAUAUUUGCUUAAGUUUGUUCAGGUCAGAGGUCAAAGUACUGAUUUGAAUUCGAUGCAAGCUGGUUAUUUUGAUUGCGAUAGUUAAUAUUUGCGAAAUUUGCUGAGAUUUUUUUCAUGGUUUGUAUCGAUUCCUCCCAGGAACAUACAAAGAAACAAAAACUAAUUUAAAACAAUUUAUAUGUAUAACCAUAAUUAUAGCCAAGACAAAAAGUAUAUUUUCUUUUAAAUUGACAUUAAACCGCUUUUUUGCCACAACAACCCUAAAUAUAUCUAUAUACAUAUACACAUAUAUAUAAAUAUAUAUAUGUAAAAAUAUAUAUACGAAAUACGUGUUUCCAAUAUUUUUAUGUACAAUGUAUUAUUUAUAAUGUUGAUUACAAAUAUAUAAGUCAUGAAAAUACUCUUGUGACUUACUCAAAUGGAUUGUGACGAUGGAAAUAUGCAACAACUUAAAUUACAUAUGACCAGUUUACGUAUACACACAAAUAAAGUGCAUAAAUAAAUACAUAAAUUGUUCGUAUUA